AUGGCCAGCCACGUGGACCUGCUGACCGAGCUGCAGCUGCUGGAGAAGGUGCCCACGCUGGAGCGGCUGCGGGCUGCCCAGAAGCGCCGGGCGCAGCAGCUGAAGAAGUGGGCGCAGUACGAGCAGGACCUGCAGCACCGCAAGCGCAAGCAUGAGCGGAAGCGCAGCUCGGGGGGCCGGAGGAAGAAGGUGACCUUCGAGGCCAGCGUGGCCCUGCUGGAGGCCUCCCUGAGGAACGACGCCGAGGAAGUGCGCUACUUCCUGAAGAACAAGGUCAGCCCUGAUUUGUGCAACGAGGAUGGACUCACAGCCCUGCACCAGUGUUGCAUCGACAACUUUGAAGAGAUUGUCAAGCUGCUCCUUUCCCACGGUGCCAACGUGAACGCCAAGGACAACGAGCUGUGGACACCCCUGCAUGCCGCGGCCACGUGUGGCCACAUCAACCUGGUGAAAAUCCUCGUUCAGUAUGGGGCUGACUUGCUUGCUGUCAACUCUGAUGGGAACAUGCCGUAUGAUCUCUGUGAGGAUGAACCCACCCUGGAUGUCAUCGAGACGUGCAUGGCCUACCAGGGCAUCACUCAAGAGAAAAUCAACGAGAUGCGGGCAGCUCCGGAGCAGCAGAUGAUCUCGGACAUCCACUGUAUGAUCGCCGCGGGCCAGGACCUUGACUGGAUCGAUGCCCAGGGUGCCACGCUGCUGCAUAUAGCUGGAGCCAAUGGAUACCUGCGAGCAGCGGAGCUCCUCCUGGACCACGGAGUGCACGUGGAUGUGAAGGACUGGGAUGGCUGGGAGCCCCUGCAUGCGGCUGCCUUCUGGGGACAGAUGCAAAUGGCAGAGCUGUUGGUGUCCCAUGGGGCCAGCCUCAGUGCUAGGACAUCCAUGGAUGAAAUGCCAAUAGACCUGUGUGAGGAAGAGGAGUUCAAGGUCCUGCUGCUGGAGCUGAAGCACAAGCACGAUGUGAUCAUGAAGUCCCAGCUGAGGCACAAGUCGUCCUUGAGCCGGAGAACAUCCAGCACAGGCAGCCGUGGGAAGGUGGUACGUCGAGCCAGCCUGUCGGACAGGACCAACCUGUACAGGAAGGAGUAUGAGGGCGAGGCCAUCCUCUGGCAGCAGCGGAGUGCGUCUGAGGAUCAGCGGACCUCAGCCUACAACGGGGACAUCAGGGAGACCAGGACAGACCAGGAGAAUAAGGACCCGAACCCCCGGCUGGAGAAGCCCGUGCUGCUCUCUGAGUUUUCUACCAAGAUCCCACGGGGUGAAAUGGACAUGCCUGUUGAGAACGGGCUCCGGGCUCCGGUCAGCGCCUACCAGUAUGCACUGUCCAAUGGGGAUGUCUGGAAAGUGCACGAGGUGCCCGACUACACCAUGGUCUACGGCAACCCCGCAGUGGCUGACGCCACCCCGCCCUGGAGUGGCUACAAGGAACAGAGCCCCCAGACGCUUCUGGAGCUGAAGCGACAUCGGGCUGCAGCCAAGCUGCUCAGCCACCCCUUCCUGAGCACCCACCUGGGCAGCGGCAUGGCCAGGACGGGCGAGAGCAGCAGUGAAGGCAAGGCCCCCUUGAUCGGAGGCAGAACUUCACCCUACAGCAGCAAUGGGACCUCGGUGUAUUACACGGUCACCAGCGGAGAUCCCCCCCUCUUGAAGUUCAAGGCCCCCAUUGAGGAGAUGGAAGAGAAGGUCCAUGGCUGCUGCCGCAUCUCCUAGUCUCCAUGUGACAGAGGAGGGAGAUGCUCUGGGGAGGGGGGUCCCUGGGUUCCAGGCCAGCAGUCCUGUCCAGGGAGGCUUCAGAGGGCAACUGGGGGGGAGAUGAGCUCUGCUUUCCAGGGGAAUGCUGACCCCACCUCUCAGCCAGCUGCCCCCGGCAUCACCCCUUCCCACGGUCUGCUUCCUGCUGCAUUGUCUGCCAUCAGAAUCAAGGCCCCUCGCGGCUUCCUGACUCACCCUGCUGUCUGAUUUUGGGAGGGAGGGCUGGACUCCAGUUCUAUUGUUGGUAAAGGCUUCUCUGGACCAGAACUCACAUCACACACACACACACACACACACACACACACACACACACACAGUAUGAAUGACAAUUGGGCUCAUGGGAAGCAGGUGGGACAGAGAAUUUGUGCUCCAUUACGGAGAGGACUGAGGUUAAGACUCAAGAGUUUUGUCACCACUGCCAAUGUGCUUUAGCAGGAGAGGGGGCCUGCUAAGCUGAGACCCAUAGUCCUGCCCAGAGUCCUGUCUGGGUCUGGGCCACCAUCCAUAUCUGACUGGAGCAGGAAGUCCUCUCUGUGUUCAGAGGAAGCCAUGAACCCACAUGAGUAGAUGGAAUGGACACAGGCCUGCUCCCCACAGCCAUGCCCAUGCCAAGGGCCAGCUGUGACCCCCCAGGGGCCAAGGUAGCAAACCAGGCUAUUCCAUUCCUGGAAUGAUCCAAAUCACAUUUUGUUCGUGGGUAGAAGCAUCAAAAAGUGGAGGGGGGAACAGAGUCAGUAUUUCCAAAAGUGCAUUUGCUAAAAAGAUUAUCUAAGGCUGUGAAAUCCAGGCGGGAGGGAACUGGGUUUGACUGCUGUCAUGGAGAAUGUCAUGAUCACUAGGUUUUACUGACUUGUGCUGGGAAAAUGAACUUCAGGGAGCAGCUUCAGCUGGAAGGGCUUCUCCAAGGAGAGGGGUUAAUUCAUGCUGGUAAUUUCUCAGCCAGCCCUCCUCAGACUGAGCCAUCAGAGGGAGGGGCUGCUGGGGCCCCCCACUCCCAGAGUGAAUGGUCAGGGCCCCAGGCCCUGCUUUACCUUUUCUGGAAUGCUCAGUGAGACAAGUUGCCGGUUGGCCCUUGUGAGUUCCUGCCUGGCCCAGGGGCUCCCAGACGGCUCCUGCCGGAAUGGUGACACCCCAGAGCUGCAGAUGCAAGGAGCCCAUGGCCAACACCCUGACCUGCAUUCAGUAGAGCAGUGGUGGGGCUGGAGUUGGGUCUCACCCCAGCUCUACAACUUCAUAGCCCCAGCCUCCCUGGGGAGGUGGACACGGGCCUGCUCCCCACAGCCUCGCCCAUGCCUGGGCCAGCUGUGUGACCACCCAUCAAUUCUCCCGAGGGGCAGGUGCCCACCCCCUCUCCACUGCAUUCUCUCACGAGCCCAUGCGUUGGGCACUGUCCACUGGCUCAGCUAAAACCUAUUGGUGUAACUAAUGAGUAGGCUUGUUCCCUGCUCUGUGCGCCUUUUAUUUGUCCUAAAACUACCUCCUUAGAGCUCUGCAGGUGCCCCCUAGAUCCAGAUUCUGUAAUAUGGGGGACAAAUCUGGGUUCCCUUUAACCCUCUUCUUUCUGAGCCUAUGAAAAAUUCUCCCAGGGGGCACCUGGGCCAGGGGGCUGUGGCUGGAGAAGUUCCCCUUGUACCAACCACAGCCUUAGUAACGGGUCUGCUGUUUGUCAGUCCUAGCCCCCACUGUGGCCCCCACAGCCAUCCAUAGCCUAGAGAGGGAGCUGGCUUCGGCCUGCCUGAUGCUUUACCAGGAGUAGGUGACUCUUGGAUGCAGGGAGGGUCACAGCACCAGGCCACCCCCACCCCAACUCCAGGACAAUUCCAGUCUAGGGUGGAGGGGCAGGUCAGGAAACUGCAGACAAGUGUGUGUGAGGCCUCCUAUGUCCCUGGAGUCUAAGGUGGGCUCUCCGUCAUCUCAGCCUAUGGCUGGAGCAGGGCAGGGAUGAUCUACAACACACAUACCUUUGGCUUUAAAACAGUGUUCAGAUUAGACUAACACUGGAAUUUCUCUUGAGCCAACUUAAGCUGCAAACUGGGGAGUACCGAGGGAAGCCACACCCCUCAGGAGAGAGCUGUGCAGGUUGGGUCUGUUUGCUCAGGGCCUGGAGACUGAAGGCGUUUCCUGUCCACUCUAAGCUCUCUGGCCAUUCCCUCCUCCCCCCUUGCUUCCUUCCUCCUGGGCCCUUCCUCUCCAUCCAGAAGGCUGGGAAUCCCGCCGAUUCCCCAACAGCAGCCAACUGAAGACUCUUGAGCACAAGCUCAUCUUUUCAGUCAGGGAUAAACCAUUCCCUGUUGGGGCUUCAAGUACCUGGGGUACUUUUCCUGUAGGUCUCUUGGGUGCUGGAGGACACGCUGGGGCCAAGGUCAUCCAUUUAUCCACUCGUGUAGUUUAUUGAGUAGUUGUGACAUACCAGGCACUAUGUUAGGUUCUGGGGAUAAAGAAGAAACAAGAUUGAGGAGACUGCUCUUUAUGGUUUUCAUCUCUUGAGGGCCAUGGAUGUCAGCAGCAGCCCAUUCAGUUCAUCUGAGAUAAAGUGACUGCAUCCUGGUCCAGCAUCCCUUUGCUCUUCUGCUCCUAGACUCCCUAGAAUAUGAAUCUCUUUAGCCAGGAGAUAGCUGUCGACCAACCCUAGAUGACAUUUGCCAUUAAAUGCAGAAGCUGGAUCUUGGGUUCCAGGCAGAUACCAUCCCAAGCCUAUUUGGAGCUCUCAGGGUUCCUAGCUGCCUUCCGGCCAGCAUCUUUGAGGCACUAUAUAAUAGCAGUUUAGGUCAGUAUGCGGAAGAAUAAGGAGUCUGCAGUUUGCUGCCAAAUGCAUCUCAGGUUUGUAAACUCAUUGUCUCUUGCUCAUGUCUGCUAUUAUGUAGACAUCCUGCCCCACCAAUGGAUAAUGGGAGGACAAAGAGCUUCUCCUUUAACACGAAUCUGCCUCUCUUCCGAGCAGGUAUGGAUCAAAGAGCUGGGACAAUGCUGGCAAGGUUGACCAGAUGCCCAGCUCCUGCUGCGACUUAGGUCUGGUGGCAGUUCCUGGCAGAUUGAAGGAAGUUACUUCCAAAGCAGGUGCCACAUGGCUCACUGUGAGCCCUGGCCCUUGCUCCCAUCCUAUGCCCCAGACCAUUGAAAAUUGAUGGCUAUCACCAGAUAGUGAGUUUCUGGCCAAUAACUCAGGGAAGCUGAAUGAACCCUAGAUCCAAGUCUACUAAAGACUUCAGGAUGUAACUGAUGAAACUGCUCUGCACUGUUUGAUCAAUUUAAGUGGAUGUAAACAAGGGUAUGUCCCCUGUCCUAUCCCACCACAGUUUGCUGGCUUUGUAGUAACAUAAGACUGUUUGGGUUAUUGGUGUCAGAUACCUUUUGAUCUUGAGCUCUCUCUUCCACCUGCUUUCCCAGAGCAGGAUCCUGGGGCACUUCCCAGAAGGCGCUCCUUAUAGAUGCUCAGAAGGACUAUAUUUAACUCUUGCUAUUUUAGCCCAGGGGACAGCUUCCCCUCCCCCAGGGCACAUAAGAGCAAAGGGUCAUGUGGUCAGUGGAUAACUCCACAGAAGUGAUCCCUUUUCCACAAGCUAUAGCCCUGUACUUGAUAGGAGUCUCCUGCUGGCCAUUUGGCCAGAAACCUGCUUCCCAUGGGCAUGCAAGUGCCAUAGCGCGGGGCCUGGCUCUGCGCACCCAGGAAAAGUCUGCAGACCCCCAGCCCUCCGCAAUAAUUCACCAGACCAGAAGCCACUGAUGUACAGAGAACACAAGAAAAAUGUAUUUUAUGUGAAAAAAGUUAAAACUCUGUAUACUGUAUCAACAGCUUUGUGUAAAAAUGGCAAUCAAGAGAGUCUAAUAUAUUUAAAACUUUUUUAAAAAAAAAAAAUCCUUGCAGAUCUUUGAUAUUGUAUUGAAGUAACUUUCAGGUAACUCCUCGCCAUGGGGCAGUGGUGGGCCUCGUGCCCAAGACCAUGGCCCCAGCACAUCCCAAAGGGGCAUGCCCCUGGAGUGGCUUCCAGCUGCCAAGGCCUGUGAUGGAA